UCUCGUUUCAAUGCGUAGCGUAUAUGCAGCGUACGUAAUAGUUCUACCAGAUAACAUUUAAAAAUUUCAAUCGUCACCGACAGAUUUCAAGAAAGAGAGGGAGAGAGGAGAGAAGAGAGAGGAGAGUGGAGAGAGGAGAGAGAAGGAACAGCUUUCCUUAUUAUCGAGUAUUAGAUAUCUCGUUGAACCUUUUUAAUUAUACGGGCAAUAUUGUACAUUUAUUGACUGAUUCGCAGCGCCAAACUUAAAAUGCAGAUCGAAUGAUCACCGUCUUUUUAGUCAAAAUAUACGUAUGCCGCACGUAGUGUACACAUAGGUACUAUAAACUUACAAGAGGGUAAAAUAACGGAUUUUUUAUCUUCAAUGGCAGGUUUUGGAAAAUUUAUGUCAUUUAUUGAUUCGAGAAGCUUUUUAUAUACGAGAAGCUGCACGUUGAAAUUGAGUCAAUAUUUAGCAACAAAUGCAACAACAGAUUCAAAUCAAGUGACACUUCCACUGAAGCCAAAGAAACCAUUAUCUAGUUUUCUCUUAUACGUAAGGCAUAUUAGACCAGCGUUAAUAAAAAGUAAUCCUAAUAUAAAAGUUACCGAAGUAGUGAAAGAAGCUUCCAAAAAAUGGGCUGAAAUGGAACCAACGUAUAAACUAAACUUCAGCAAACAGUAUGAUACAAACUAUAAAAUAUACCUUGAAGAAUUAAAACGGUAUGUAGAUUCAAUAACUGAGGAACAAAAAUCGCUAAUGUUUGAACAGAAGAGUAAACGUAAGGACAGAUCUGCUACAUUAGAGAUUAAACGGAAAAUAGAAAUAUAUAAAAAGCCAAAAAAACCAAGAAAUGCAUUUCUAAUAUAUAUGGAUAAAAAUAAAAAGGAAAGAGGAUCAGAUGUAAAUGUCAAGGAUUGGAUAAGUGAACUGUCAAAAAAGUGGAAAAAUAUGUCAUACGCAGAAAAAGAGCAGUAUCGAGUAGAGGGAACAAAGUUGAUGGAGCAAUAUAAAAAGGACCUAAUCGCAUGGGAAAAGGAAAUGAUAAGUUUAGGACAUCCAGAUAUUGUAAGACAUGCAAAUCGUACAAAACAUACAUCUUCUAAAGGAGAGCAGAAAAGUUGAAACAUAAUAAAGAGGUGUAACUAUCUUGACUUAAAAUUAUAAAUUACAAUCUAAAUUUACAUCUAUUAAAUUGUAUUAUUUGUAAAAUUUGUAGUAUUUCAUUUGUGGAUGCAUUUUUAACAUUGUAGAAAUCAAUAAUAUGCAAAUGAUAAGAAGUUU